AUGAUCCCAAUGAAGCAGAGAGUGGUCCAGAAUGAUCCCAAUGAAGCAGAGAGUGAUGCCCAUAAACCUAAAACACCAGGGCAGAGCCAGAAAAACAAGAGCUUCUGUUUAGAUGUCCACUCUCCUGAGAGCCGACCUGAAAUACUUUCUGUCACAGAGCUGAUAGAGAGAGUUAACGAAGUUUCUAAGCUUAGCAUUGCUCAUGAAAUCGUGGUAAAUCAAGAUUUUUAUAUGGAAGAGUGUGUAUUACCUCCCAAUAGUCUGGAAGGCAGGAUUAUGGAGACAAUGUACAAUGCUUUGGGGGACCAUCUGAAAGACCAGCUAUCAAGUACUCCCCCUGACUUCACUCGUGCUCUUGAACUCCUAAAAGAAGUUAAGGAGAUCUUGCUAUCACUGGUAUUACCACGCCAGAACUGCCUAAGAAAAGAGAUUGAAGAAGCUCUGGACAUGGAUCUCCUCAAGCAGGAAGCAGAGCAUGGGGCCCUGGAUGUCCCUCAUCUCUCUAACUACAUUCUCAAUUUGAUGACCCUGCUAUGUGCACCAGUCUGAGAUGAAGCAGUGCAAAAACUAGAGAACAUAACAGAUCCUGUGCAGUUACUCAGGGGUAUCUUCCAUAUUCUGGGCCUGAUGAAAAUGGACAUGAUGAACUAUACUAUCCAAAGCCUUCGACCCUACCCGCAGGAACAUUCUGUACAGUAUGAACGAGGUAAAUUCCAGGAACUCCUUGACAAGCAGUGCAAUCUCCUUGAUUGCACCGCAAAAUGGCUAACCAAAACAGCUCUAGACCUCACUACACCAUCUUCAAGUUCUCCUGACUCUCCCAGCUCCUCCCGAUCACCUCCAAAUUGGGCAACGAACAACUCACAGCUUUCCGGUUCCACAGUGGUGCUAUACCAGGGUUACCUGAACCUUCUUUGGAAUUGUGACAGUGAAGAGUUUCCUGAGACCUUGCCGAUGGAUAGAUUCCAGCUGCAGAACAUGGAGUCCUAGUUGAACCAGUUAACCAUCCUGGCCUCAGUCUUGCUAGUGGCCAGAAGUUUCUCUGGUAAUGUUUUAUUUAGCUCACCAGCAUUUGUGGAUAAACUGAAACAUGUAACCAAGGCCCUGACGGAGGAAUUUAACUCCAGGCCUGAAGAGUCUCUCGUGAGUGUGAGUGAACAAGUGUCUCAGGAAAUCCAUGAAGGCCUCAAAGACAUGGGACUCACUGUCCUGAAUAGUGAAAAGACAGCAUCUCUUAUAGGCCAACUUCAGAACAUCGCCAAGAAAGAGAACUGUGUUUGUAGCAUCAUUAAUCAGCGGAUCCACUUGUUUCUCAGAUGUUGUUUGGUUCGCGGUAUGCAGGAGUCUCUGCUGGACUUCCCUGGAGGCCUUAUUCUCAUCAAGGGGGAGUUGGCAGAACUGGGUUUAAAGUUUGUCAAUCUGAUGCAUCACAAUCAGCAGGUAUUUAGCCCCUACUAUGAUGAAAUCCUAAAAGAUAUCAUCCCUCCAGCUCAGACACAAGAAACAGAAGUGGAGUCUAUCUGA